UAUGGGUGAUGUGUAAGAUAUGGGUGAUGUGUAAGAUAUGGGUGAAUAUAUGUGUGUGUCUGUGUUGGUGUGCAGAUCCUGAUCCUGAACUCCCACUCAGAAGAGCAGAGCGUACGGAGCCCAAGUUGCCACCACACAAUACUGAUCCUGGACUCCCAGUCAGAAGAGCAGAGCGUACGGAGCCCAAGUUGCCUCCACACAUGUCUGAUGGCCAGACUCUCAUUGCUGAACCAGUGACCAGAGAGGACUUCUUAAAGUAUUUCUGUCACUUCACUCUGGAUCCAAACACAGCACACAGAUCCCUCCAUCUGUCUGAGGGGAACAGGAGAGUGGAGAGGAGACAUGCGGCCCAGCCAUAUCCUGACCAUCCAGACAGAUUUGAUACUUGGGAUCAGGUGCUUUGUAGAGAGGGUGUGUCUGCACGCUGUUACUGGGAGGUUGAGUGGAGUGGUUGGGUGGUUAAUAUAGCAGUGUCAUAUAAAAGCAUCAGCAGGAAGUGUUGGUUUGGAGCUAAUGAUCAGUCCUGGAGUUUGGGCCUCUCCAGCUCCAGCUCCUCUUUCUGGCACAAUAAGAAAGAGACUAAACUCUCUCUAGUGGCCAGCUUCAGAAUAGGAGUGUAUGUGGAUCACAGGGCAGGAACUCUGGCCUUCUACAGCAUCUCUGGAGACACAAUGACCCUCCUGCACAGAGUCUACACCACAUUCACACACACACUCUACCCUGGGUUUAGGUUUUAUCACCCAUUAACAGUUGGGUGCACGCUCUUGAACAGGGACUGUCGACAGUCCGCAGAGACGGCGCGUCUCUAA